UGAUAUUGGACAGUGAGAUUCAAACCCAGGUAUACACUUUGCAGGGCACAUUUUUUUUUUUUUUGUCAUGCACUUCGAGAAUAUGGAUAGCUGAAGGUUGAAAGCAAGUAGUUCUGUAGAAUUCCUUUGUUGUAUUACAAAAGCUUUUGUAUUUUAUUUUAAUCAUGUCUGAAAAUGAUGUCCUUUUAACUUUCUUUUGAGAUGGCAGCUCCUGGAUUUACCCUUGGUACCUUCGUGUUUGUGUUGCUCGUUAGUUCUGUGGUUAAUUACCCUAAUGGAAAAGUCACAAAGUCGUGCCGUGGAAUGGUUCCCCUUCAUGGCCACAGCCCCCAGUCUGAGCCCAUCCACCACAUUGCAGUGAGCCAGAGGAAAUUCCGACCAGGAGAUCGGAUAGAAGUUACUUUGUCAGGACCACCGUUUAAGGGUUUUCUCUUAGAAGCUCAUGAUGCUGAGGAUCUGAGUGGCCUUCCUAUUGGCUCCUUCACACUGAUUGACAGCCAAGUGUCACAGCUUCUGACUUGUGAAGACGUACAGGGAUCGGCAGUGAGCCACACAAGUUCAUCCAAAAAAACAGAAAUUAAAGUCUACUGGAAUGCUCCAAGCAGUGCCCCUGAUCACAUACGGUUUCUAGUCACAGUUGUUGAGAAGUAUAAAAUCUACUGGGUGAGGAUUCCUAGUGAUGUAAUUUCACAGCCAAACGCACUUCCUUUAACGACACCUACAGUUACAAUAGCACCUUUGUCACCAUCACCUCCAGUCUCCCAUUUAACCAAACCAUUCAGUGCUUCAGAUUGUGGGAACAGGAAGUUCUGUGUUAGGAGUCCUGUGAACUGUGAUCCAGAGAAGGAGCCUGCCUGUGUCUUCUUGUCCUUCACCAGAGAGGACCAGUCGGUGAUGGUUGAGAUGAGCGGUCCCAGUGAUGGCUAUUUAUCCUUUGCCUUUUCUCAUGACCGGUGGAUGGGGCACGACGAUGCUUACAUGUGUAUUCGUGAAGAUCAGAGUGUGCACAUACAGCCUUCUCAUUUGACGGGGCGAAGUCACCCUGUGAUGGACUCCAGGGGGAUUCUUGAGGAUAUGGCUUGGAGGUUGGCGGAUGGUGUAAUUCAGUGUUCUUUCAGAAGAAACAUUACCCUUCCUGGGGUUAAGAAUAGAUUUGAUCUGAAUGAGAGCUUCUACAUAUUUCUAGCAGAUGGUGCAGUGAAGGAUGGUCGAAUUUACAAGCACUCUAAGCAACCUCUAAUUACAUGAAAGUAUAAUGUGACAGACUCUCCAAAGAACAUAGGCGGAUCCCAUUCUUCACCCCUUUUGAAGGCUCAUGGUGCCUUGAUGUUUGUGGCAUGGAUGACCACUGUCAGCAUAGGUGUACUGGUUGCCCGGUUCCUCAGACCUGUUUGGUCAAAAGCUUUCUUCCUUGGUCAAGCAGUUGGUUUCAGCUGUCAUCUCACUUUGUCAUCUCACCUGCAGGUACAUCGGGUACUUAUGCUCAUCACUUCUGGACUCACCUGCAUUGGCUUUGUCCUGCCUUUUUAUACAGAGGAGGCUGGAGCAGG